GCCAAGUAAGUUGUUUCUAGUCUCUCAUAUCAGCAAAAACAGUUUUCACAUUUCAGAAGUUAGUGAACUACCUUGAUCGUCCAUGGCCGAUAAAUCUACCAACAGUAUUGAGUUGAAGGUCUUGGCGGACAAGGGGAGUAACAAAGUUAUAUUCAUAGAGCCUGGCAAUGAUUUUGUUGAUGUUCUCUUCAGUUUCAUGACAAUCCCCAUGGGAACAAUUAUCAGGCUUGCACGUAAACAUUCAGAUCCUGUGGCAAUAGGUUGCAUGAACAACUUAUAUGCAAGUGUUGAGAAUUUUGACGAUCAAGAAUUUUGGAUGCAUACAUGUAAAGACAUGUUGCUGCAUCCCCGCAAUGCAGCCGAUUCUCAGUGCAAUGCCCUCAAAUUGAAACUUGACGAUGCUAAGCCAAGACGCUACUUUAUGUGCUGCAGAUCAUGUAACUUCUUAAGUUAUUACAAGAAUAUCCGCUGUCCUUGCACGAGACAAAAUGUUAUGGAUGAGGAGAGGAGUUUUUCAUUCUGUGCUUCUCAAGAUGGAAGCGUCUUUGUGAAAGGACAAACCAGGUUUACAGUUACUGAUGAUUUACAAGUGAUCCCCCCAAGUUCAUCAGCCAAUUCUGUAUUUACUAAGCUGCAUGUCAUGGAUGUGGAUGCCAUGGAGGAGUUGACUAUCAAUAUUGGAACUGUUGAGAUUUUGAAUUUGCUCAUGUGCUCCUUAGUGUCAAAAACACCUUUGACUGAAACCCUGUUGAAGCCUAAACAAGAUCCUAAAUGGAGCAGUACAAUUUUUGAUCAAGCAAUACAUAUUGAAUCGCACAUGUCCGGAGACUCAAUGAAUGAUGAAGAAGAUAAGAUUUGUUUGAAUCUUGUGGUCAGCAAAUCUAAGAAGAUAGUCUGUUACGCAGAAGCAGGGGAGGAUUUUGUUAAUUUGCUCUUCAGUUUCCUAACUCUACCUCUUGGAUUUAUAGUAAAAAACAUGAAGAAUGGUUCCUUGAAAGGUUGCAUCAGGCACUUGUACCAAACUAUCCAGGAUUUGGAUGGGGAAUACAUGAUUUCAGAUCGCCACAAGGAAAUGCUACUUGAUCCCAAACUUGUUCCUGGUUUUUGCUAUAAGAAUAGUCUUUUAGGAAUUGAGGAGACCUCAUAUUAUAGUUAUUACUCUUUAUUUAGUUAUACCUUCACUACUGAUAGAUCCCUUUUCCCAUCGGAACCAGAUAAACUCAAACUGGUCAGUUCUGAUUCCGUGGAUUUAAGUGCUCAAGGAUUUCUGAAGAGACCCGCGAAGUUUGUAGUAACUGACAAUCUGGUUGUAAGACCAAUAUCUCGGAUCUUGGAGCUGCAAGUUCUUAAAGACUUGAAUGUGCCUGUCACUGACAUUGAGGAUCAAAUUGUGCAUGUGGGCAAGAAGGAGGCUUUGCAUCUUUUGUUGGCUUCCUUUCUUUGCGACUCUGCUCUGACCAAUACCUUCAUUGCGGAUCUUAGGGAGCCAAAGCAAGAACAAUGACAGGAUUUGCAUAUUUUGGUGGGUUCUUUUGUUUGUGCCUCUGCUCUGAUCAAUACCUUCAUCAUUGGGAGCCGAAGCAAGAACGAUCAAGAUGAUGCAUUUGUGUUAGUAAACAAGACCUCAGGCUUACACUUUGCGUAUUGGUUUCAGAGUACUUAACUUUUUAAAUGUAGACUUUGGACUUUAUUUUGUUCCUUUGGUAUUUCUUCUUUAUUUUCAUUUGUUUUAGUUGUUUGGGUUCUUCUCUGGUGUCCUUUAUUAUUUCUGGGCUUUUGGCAUGGUUUGCCAUUUUGGGCUGUAACCUGUACUGUUGUUAGAUCUCUAUGGUUGAGUUGUCAACUAUGAUCGUGAAGGAAAAAAUAUUACAAA